UAAAAAAUUGGGGAGAAAAAAUGGGGCCGGGAAACGACACUAUUACCAAAUUUUUUUAUUAACAUCUAGAAUGAAAAAACCUUUGCUUUCUGAAACUUACUAUUAUAAAGGUGGAUCUAAAUAUAUGACAAAUUAUUUUAAUCCAAAAAAAAAAUAUUGGAUUUAAACCACAUUAUUAUCGAUGCGGGUUAUAUCGUGCAACUUUCAUUGGAGAGUGGCCAGACUUAAAGAUAUUUAUGAAGCUGUUGAACUUUGUACACAAACACAUUUAAAAAGUAAUCAAAUUUCUAUUCGACGAUUCCCUGAAGUGGGAUGGGAAUUAGUUCUUGAAAUUGACAAACGUGAGAAUAUUGAUAAUACUGUUAGUAUUUGGCUUCGACAAGUAGGCCCUUGUGCCACAAAUGGCCUUGUAAAUACAAAAUAUAAAAUUUAUGCUAUCAAAAAUAAAAAUGGGCAUCUUCCAAAUUCUCCCCAUAAUAUCAAUGUUCCAAUGAGUGAGUCUAUUGAUUAUAUGCUUAUUUCAAGAUCGACAAAUAAAUUAAAGGACCAGCAAAAAUUGGGAUAUUCUAAAGUUUUAUUAAAGGAUAUAAUUAUUCCUAAAGAACAAGGUGCAGAUGUUUCAAAGAUAAUUGAAGGAUCAAUACAUCUUUAUUGCGAAGUUAAACUUGUUUAUUUGAACACAUCUGAAAUUCUACAAAAUAAAUAUGAAAUGAUGUUAUACGAUAAAACAUAUGCUGAUUGUAUUUUUAAGGUUGGCGAUGAAGUUAUAAAAGCACAUCGUUGUGUUUUGGCUCAAAGCAGUGAUGUCUUUAAAAAAAUGUUUGGAGAAGAUGUUGCCAUGGUUGAAGCGAAAACUGGUGAAGUCACAAUCUCUGAUACUACUCCAGAAUGUUUUCGAGCAUUGUUAGAAUAUUUUUAUUAUGAAUUGGAAAAUAAUGUUGAAGGUAUUUUUGCUCUUGCACAUAAAUAUCAGGUGGAAACGUUGCAAUAUGAAUGUGAAUGUUGUAUGGCAAAUUUAUUAGGUUUGUUGAGAUUUAAAAAAAAUUUUUUUUGA